AUGGCCAUAGUCUGGCUGAACAUCUUCUGUUUUCAAGCGCCUAAUGGACAACGUAAUAAAACAAGAACUGCCUACAAAGCGUUCAAAAACUGCAAUAGCACUGUGUGUGCUGCGCGUGUGUCUUUCUGUAUUAUCAUGAAAGAUUGCGGCUGUGGAACUGAAGCUUCGAGCAAACUUUGCGAGUGCUGUGAGAACUGUUACAGAUGCCUUGGCGCUCAUCUUUGGGCAAAAUGCUGCAGCUGCGUUGGACUUUGCGGAAACUGGACUCUUAACUUCACAGCACUAAAUGCCACUGGAAUACCAAGCAAGCCUGGAAACUUGACGGGUAAAGCUUUGCCAUCACUUUUUGAAUUGUUGAGUUACCAAUCGAAGUUUCCUGUGACGUUCCUCACGAGACCGCGCAAGGGAAAUUUUACAGGUAGCUAUAUGUUUUAAACUGUAUUUCUCAGAUUAUUUAUAACCUCUUAUACGUCUCUUAUAUUGAACCCGCUUUUUCUUUGUUGUGCUUUAACUCAAAACCUGAGCUUCACUGAGCCGGGAGUAGUGUUAGAAGACACUCGGUAAGCGCGAGAAAUGCCUAGAAACGAAUUCCUGUGCUUGCAGUUUUUUUCUAGUUUAUCACGGUAAAGUCGCAAAUGAAUAUGCAUUUUCACUUGCAGCUAUAUUCAUGAAAUCGAAAACUGUGUUUCAAGAUCAAGUCUUCUUGUCCGAGAUUUAUUAAUUUUUGCAAGUAAAUAUUUACUGUGAAUCGUAAGAAAAGUCUCUUCUCUUCUUCUUGUCCUUCACCUUCAAAACAUUUCUCUAUCAUGUUGAAACCAUUUAGGUGUUACAAUUAUUCAGUGGCUUGUGAACUGCCAUUAGUUUAUGUCAAUAAAUAGGCGACGUGGAAGUUAAAAAAAAGACUCAAAUAUUUUUUUCAUCAGUACGUGUAAACGCAUUUUCGAAGACUAGUGCAGUAACGUGUCGUCAGUCAUUUAAGGAGCAAGCCGUUUAUUAUUUUUUUGGAAAGGCAGCUUCUUUAAUUUUGAAGCUAUUUUAAAAUUUUUAUGCUGAGAAAGUUUAGUUUUCAUGCCAUUUUUCUUGAGGCACAAGGUAACUAUAGAUAGACAACAGAGUGUAAAACAUAAUUAUCUUCCUAUCUUGUUCUCACUCCUUUCAGUAUUCUGCCUUAUCCCGCGAACAAGCCUAGAGGAUUAAAUAUUAAACGCUUUACACAGUAGACUGACAUUGUGGCACGAUAAGCUAGAGUGUGGUACCAGAAAUAAGAGAGUAACUGGAGAUCAUUAGAUUGGGCUUCGAAAACAAAAAUUGUGCAUGAGAAUGAGUUUUCAAACCGUCAGGUUUGUAUGCUUGAUCACUUUUUGGUCCUUUUUAACUCGAUACUACAACAACAAGUUUAUUUCAAAUUAAGUAUAGCUUACAAAGCUUGUGCCCGCAAAUAUUUUGAAAUACUCAUAUUUGUUGGCCAGCAUCCGAAGAGAGUUACAGCUGGGAACAGAAUUUGCUCGAAAUUUAAAGGGUAAACCGCGGAUGACAAAUUACUCCCUUGAUUUAUGAGCGAAAUCAGCGAUAAUUCAAAAUUUCAAAUGUGAAAUUACAACAUAGUGCUGUGUGGUAAAGUUCCUUCUAUCUCAAUGCCAAGAUGGCGUUCUUAGGUUUAAAUAUAUUUCGAAUGAAGAUGUCAGGGCAUUGAAAGAAGUUUUAAAAACCUUAACAUACGAAAGAGCACUGUUUUUAACGGCAAGAAGGAUUCUGAUGAGAAGUCAGAAAAUCUUUUAGUUUAAAUGUAUGCUUUAAACUAUUCGUUGCGUGGACUCCUCGGCACAAUGAACAACUGGAAACUCAAGUUGGCAUACUCGUGAAAUUGGGAAGUGAUUUUGCUUGUGCGUUGUCAAAACUCAAAUGACUGCCCGAGCCCUUAGGCGAAGGAAUUUAUUACUUAGGAUUUUGACAACACGGUCGCGAGUGAAUAUAUUUCCUAAUUCCACUCAUAACCGUUUUACUAAACAUACAAAUCAUGAUUCCUACUCGAGGUCAAAUGCAAAGGCCACAACUGAUGUAAUCAGUCUUGCAUGGGUUGUUUGAGCUUCAGUUAUAAAGCACACGAUGUCUUCUUGCAUUUACGGUAUAAGGCUGUUAUUUUAAAAUAAAAAAGAAACUGAAAACUUCAAGUCAACCAGAUGAUACUUAACGUUUCCUAAAUAGAACACCUAUAUUUAAUCGGUUGCCAAAUAACUUGGGGAUUGUUAUUUGACACGUUAUAUAGUCUUAUGUUAAGUCAUUCAGUGACCAUUUUAUUCGGAUACCAACUGGCCUUUUAAAUGGAAUGACCUAAUUUGGCCCUUUUUCACCUCUGUUUUUUUUUAUGUCUGGUUUCCUCUAAUACUGUUUAGUGUUCUUUAAAGGUGACGAGAAGGCCAAUGGCCUACUCAUUAGGUUUUUAGCGGCUGAAAACAGAGACAAAACGGAUUUAUCAAAUAAAGAAUCCAUUGGCUCGAGACUGUAACUUCGUCUCAGAAGUACUGUACUAUAUACUGGGUGCGCCUGCAUGAUGAUUAGGAAGAAACUUCACUAAUGGACCAGAAUUUUCCAGAUAAGAAAGUCGAUAGGAAGCACACGUCAUCUAAAUUUUCGUGAUUCAGCACCCAGUGACCUUUAGCGCAACUCCGAUAUUGAAAUUCUUUGAAAACGAAGACCCCAGAAAGUCCAGUAAAACAAUCGAUAGUCUUCACCUCGUUUAUAGCAAAAUGUAUGGUAAAAAGGCCCCCAUAUUUCGUGCCUCAUUGAAAAGACCAAAGUUUGCAAGUCCCUUAAUUAAUUGGUACUUCUUUCCCACUGCAUUCCAAAAAUUACUUGUCUGUUUUAAAAAUAAGUCAACUAAAACCGAUAUCGUGACCCAGUUAACCUACUUAGAAAAUUACCUCGUGGCUAUUUGUUUAUUAAGCUAAUUGUUAAAAUAAACAUACCCCUUUUAGUACACUUACUAAUAGACUUGCUCACAAGUCGAGCGCAAAGCGCGAGCCGGAAAUUUGUUAUGUUUUCGGUGGCAAAGCGAGCGAGAAAGCGGGAGACUACUACCGGAACCGGAAACGAGAAGCGAAGGACUUUGAAAAAGUCUAAUUCACCAAGUACCCAGUUGCUUAAUCAGUUUUAAAAGCAAGGGCACUAAGCCAAUCUUAAUUUCCUUACACACCUUGUCUAGUAUCUGUAGGACUCUUUUGGAACAUAUAAAAAUAGUCGUCACUAUGUAAAGUUCAAAAGUAAUCAUUUUAUCGAGGGUAAUCUUGAAAAAGCUCCACUAACAACGACAUCCUGAUCAUAUGCUGUCUUUACUUUGCUUAACUGAAAUCCUUAGAGAAGUUUGUUUGAAUUACAUGUAAGCAAUUGACUACACUAAACACCCUUCGGUCCAGAACGUGAGUAACUUAUCGACAGCCGACAAAAAAAAUAGAAAUUAAAUUUGUAACUAUUGCUGUUCUGAUUUUUCACGACGUUUCGUAGACUGAGUCUUUCCGCUUAUUUUCAUUCUUAAAUUCUUAAAAUGCUUUUAAUAAGCAAGUUAAGCCACUUUCCUAAUCCAGCGACGCAGUGCCACUGAACGCAGCUAACUCUGAUUCGAGGACAGCCAGGUUCAGGCUUUUCCAGUUAUAAGAGCUAAACCAAAUUUAAGCUAGAUUUGAACUGGUACUUUCUAAUGUAGUCGACACAGGCACGAGCUCGUUCUAGUACCAAAGCGUGUAAUAAAACUACUUUGACUUGAGAAGGUGGUUCAUCUUACUUACUGUAGCUUAGCCGUUCUUAGUUAUUCAAUAUAUAAAUGUUGUGGCCGACUCAUGCCUUCCCCUUAAAUUAUAUUAAAUCGUGUUAAAAGAAAAGGUUAUCGUCAUGUUUAGCCGUGCGAUCCUAAACUGAAACUAUAAAUAACUUUAACUUCCGCUUAUUUUUAACAUCCCCUUGUUCCGCUGCUUAUUUAGUGGUCACCGAUAAUGCAUGACUCAGCAUUAUAUAACAAAAAACUACCAAAUCAUCGCUAGUCAUUAGUUUAGCUUAGGUUUCCCAACCUCGCUUAAAAGGGUGUCUGCUUACCGUAUUUGAGAAGGAAAAAGCUUUCACUGUAUCCAUGACCUCAGUAUAAGUAGAACUUUACAAUGAACUAAACUUCCGGUUAUUUCUCAAACCUUCUAAUUUUACUGAUAUAGUUACCAAUUAUCUAUGACAUGGCAAUUUUAAACGAAAUCAAUUCAUAACUAGUGUUGGCUCAGAUAUUGUCUCGUAGGGAUAAUCAGUUCGGACUCUGGCGACCCGUUUUAAGUACGUUAUGGCUUACGAAGUGAUGAAGGUCAUUAGUGAUAGACUGAUAAAGCAGCGCUAAAUACAACGUUAAAGCUUUUCAACACGCAUUAGAUAAGGGGUUUUCAGAUAUUCUAGAGAAAGAGGCGAGUGACUUCAGAUGUUUUUUUUAAAAAAAUAAAAAAUGCUUUAAUGAAAAUCGAUUGAUUAGAUUGGAAGUAGUUCAGUUAAAGUGACAGUGUGACAUGUGUGAGUGGGACAGGCAUUCUUUGCAAGUCAUACAAGCAAAGAGCUCGUCCGACAGCUACUAUUUCUGUACCCUAGCUUUGCAUUCAAGAACGCCAUAACUCAUAGCUUAAAGGAUUAAUGGAUUAAUCACUCUUUGGAAAGACGUUUAAAAUGUUUUUCUUAAUUUUUAUCCUUAGGGCCGUGCCCCGCGAUUAAAGAGUCGUAAGAGAUGAUCAAAUUUCGCUGGAAAGUUUACGUGCCGAAAAUUAUGUACCAUUUUCAGCAGCGCAAUGUGAAGAUGUAAAGAACCGUUUUUCUAUCAGUCCGAAGUCAAGAUCUUUCAGAGUCCUUGCUUGUUUGCUACGGCUGUGUUCUUUUUCUUUGUUUUGCUUUUGUUUUUGUCUUUUUAAUUUAUCUGAAUUUGUCUCAUUUGGAACAAUAAAAGAACUUUUUUUGCUUCUGUCUCCAAAAAUAAAGGAAGCCUUUUUGUGAAAAGUUCGUACCUUUGACACUUUUCCAGUGGCUUUUUUGACGGGUUGUCAUCUAUAGUAAUGACUUUUAUUUAUCCUCGGAAAUCUUUAGGGAUCAAGAAUUAUUGAAAUGUUUUCUUUCUAGCUUUCUUUGCAGGCACGGUUACAUAAUAUAUAUAUUAACCUUACUAGGGCCAUUCAUACGAGGAAAAAUAAGACGCGUCUGAAAUAAGACGCGAACUGGACCAUUUAUACGAGCGCAGCAUGCCUUAUCUAAUUCUUCUGUACUCUUAAAAUUACUUUUAAAGUGUAAGUUUAUGAUAUGAAGAUAGCAAUUUGAUUAGUAAAUAUAAAUUGUGAUAGUUUAAAGUUAAAAGGGUCUACUUACACCAGCAGAUGUCACGGAUUUGUCCAGGAGGUCUGUUAUCGCCUUCUUACAUAAUAACAAAAAUCUUUUUCCUCCGCGAUGGACCAAGUGUUUCUUUUUACCUUUAAAGGCGAGCUCAUUGUAUUUGAGCGAAGAAAAAAUAAAGCUAAAGCAGAAUAGGCAAGGAAACGAAAACGCGUUGUAAUUUGUAAACAAUUUUUCCCCGCCAGUGGCCUGCCAGUCCACCGCGGGGCAAGCGAUAAUUUUCCCGCCAAAAAUUAGCGCAUGCGUACUAUGCGUUCGCGUCUUAUGUAAGCGAAGGUCAUUUAUACGACGUUUUUCUCGUCUUAGCUAAGACACUUCUUAUCUAAGAACAGGUGUUAAGGGCUGUUCUAAAAUAAGCUGAGUCGCGUCUUAUUUUAGACGAAAUGUGCCGUUUAUACGGAAAGUUCGCGUCUUAUUUAAGACGCGUCUUAUUUUUCCUCGUAUAAAUGGCCCUAUUAUAUACUAAACAGCUGACUCAGUAAGCGCUCUAUAACCACACUUUUCAGAAUUUAUCGUUUUAUAAGUUUAAAUAACUUAUUUGAAAUGCUUCCUUUUUCAUUGCUAUUGCAAUGAACUAACUACUGUUUGUUUUUUAUACCUCGGAGUUUUAAGACGAAAUAUCUAAUAGUCAGGAUUUGGAACAUCUCCGUUAAUAAUAUUCUACUGUUCAUUUCAGGAACGUCCAGCCACAGGCAUCAGUGUAAAGUUGCUUUUUAUAACACGUGUAUUUCAAAAGAAGAUUGUAUCAGUUCAUGUUCAUCCAUGGGAGCUUCCAAAUACCGCUGGUUUAGAAAUGGCUGCUGUCAGUGCAUCGGCAGUCGAUGCCAUGAUUACGGAGAACUGAACCCACUCUGUAAGGAAUGUCAGGCAGACUGA